AUGGCCGUGUUCGGGUUCAGUUUAAUUGCUACAACUGUGAUUACGUUAUGUUGUGCAUUAGAGCUUAUUUUGGGUCACUGGUGGGGUUCCGAAGACUUUAACAACAGGAUAGUGGGAGGACAAGAAGCCUGGAUAGAGGACCAUCCGUACCGGGUUUUCUACAUGGUGAACAACUUAUACUUCUGUGGAGGAUUCAUUGUCAGCGAGAUACACAUACUGACGGCAGCUCAUUGUGCUCUGAAUGUGGACCCAACAAAAGUGGUACUUCGAGCUGGUAGCGCUUCCCGAAAGAAUGGAACCAUAAUACCCAUAGCAGAAGUCAUCCCCCAUCCUAAAUAUAACGAUACCAAAUUCGACAAGGAUGUUGCGGUCAUGAGGACUGUGGAGCCAAUUAUGUACUCUGACACCAUACAGCCAAUACCGCUUCCGAAGCUUCGGCGACCUAUGAGAGGAGGUACUAAGGUUAUGGUGAGCGGCUGGGGGGCAACCAAGGAAGGCACGUCUUUGUUUCCAGCAAGGCUGAUGGACGUCGAGAUUCCCGUGGUGUACCACACAGUCUGCCUCGCGUCCUAUCCGGGGAUUCUGACUGAAAACAUGUGGUGUGGAGGCAACUACUUCUUAGGUGGCCAGGGUACUUGUCAAGGUGAUUCCGGUAGUGCCGCGAUCCAAGACGGUAUGGCGGUGGGUAUCGUGUCGUUCGCUCGCGGCUGCGCGCGGCCACUCUCGCCGACCGUGUUUGCGAACAUCGCUGCGCCUGCCAUACGGAACUUCAUCGAGGAACACACUGGCCUUUGA